AUGGCGCUUCUUGUCAGCGAUCCAGACCUGUUCGACAGAGUCGUCCAUCAUGUCUUUUUGCCGCCGCAACGCCCACAAGCUGAGGACAAAGCCGACAUCGACUGCGAGCUCCUGAGUCUCACGUCCAAGGCACUCAACGCGUUCCUGACGGGACUUGCGGUAGCCGACCCCGCGCGUCCUGCUAUCGAGAAGACCGUUGUCGCCAUUUCAAACGCCACUCGAUGCCACUCUGUUAUCGACGGCACCCUCAGCGAGACGGAGCUGCUGAAUUGUCUCGAGUUCCUGGGGCCUGGACAAUCACUCCCGCUGCGCAUCCAGGCUCAGAAUGCCGGAUUGUUCAUCACGCAUUCAGGGGAAGAUGUGCUAUUUGAGGCCUUCGAACUCGCUCCUCAGAACCAAGAUGUCUUGGCAGCAAAUUGCAUCGUGCGCCAGUUUCCUGCUCGCGCCGUAUUAAUACCAAGAGCAACCUUCGAGUCGCCUCAAUUUCGAGCCGGCCUGGCUCAAGCGCUCUUCACAAUGAGCAGCCAGGCGGCACCGCAUCAACAGCCACAGGUGCGCAAAGCCAGCGAGUCCAUCGACGAAGACCGCGAUACCACACACCCCGGAAUCGUCUGCGAGCUGCUUGUCGCGGGCUUGUUGGGUUCGUACGGUGAGCCAGCAGGUGCUCGAAGCACAACAAUCUGCAAGCGCACACGAGAUGAUGUCCUGUGGAACGAUGCCGAGCGCCCAUGGCGUCGCUCGCCCAUGUGGUUACUCAUUCGUGUGGUGUGCCAGCUCAUCUGUACGCGGUCGAUCACCACUGGGAGAAAUGUACUAUACAAGGCCUUCAUGACGUAUCUGGUCGCUCAGCUUUUGGGAGAUUCUGUUCGCAUGAACAUCUCUACGGACCUCCAAUACGCUAUGUCUUGCAAAGUUGCUCGGCGACUGCAAAAGCUGGGGCCGAGUGUACCGCCAUAUGUCCAAAACCACUUGCAUCGAAUGCAGGGUGUCUGCAACGAGACAAUCUCCAGGCGAUGGGCGCAUGUCCGAGCAAAUGAGCCGAACUCAUGCCACAGUCUGCCCACGCUGGCGCGAUUGAAUUUCGAGGAAGACAGCGCGACCUCGCUAUCAGCGCUCGAUGAAUACCUCAGCAGCCUCAGAUGCCGCGCAGUCGCCUCCACUUCAAGCACGUUUGAGCCUCAAUCAGAAUUCGCCGAACACCCGUCCAUGUCGAUUCCAAUCCUGAAGCUCAAUGGCGCAGAUGCCUACAAGGUUGCCAAUCUGAAGGAAUUCGAAGAAUGGAGUAAGCGUAGCCUGCGUGACUGGGCCCGCUUCACGACCGCUGCAGAGGCCGACCGCGUUUGCCCACAGCUUGCAGACGCUCUGAGACACUAUCACGAGCUUGCGAAGUCUAUCUACGACCUUCGUGCCAAGAGCGAGGAGCAGCCUUUCGGCCAGCACCGCAAUCCUGAAGGUCUGUCAGGUGCAUUGCUCACGACGUUAGAGGUGUGGAUAGCGCUUGACGAGUGUGCUCUCAGCGCUUGUCCACUACUUGCCAGCUUUGACCCUUGCAUACCCACGGACUGCCUGCAACACUUGUUACUGCCGUCUCGAGAGCAGUUGACGAGGCUAGUCCGUGUCGAGCAAUACUUGACCGAUCGUAGGAACAAUGCAGUCACCAGCAUCUUCAUGCAACCGAAUGACAAGCAAUGUUUCGCUGUGCGAUACUUCGAUCAGGACAACAAGAAGAGUUCCGCCCUCAAAGACCUUCUUCAAGAGUAUGAACAUCUCGGCGAACAGGGUAGACAGGAGAAGCUUAGGGAGCUGCAACAACAGGUUCUGAAAUACGAGCAGAAGAAGAAGGCGGCAUCCGAGCUCGAGCAUACAUUUUACCAGAAACAGAACAAGAGCGCUCAUUGGCCAUACAAAACGUACACCACGCUCGAGCAUGAUUCGAAGUGCCAAAAGUGUAUCCUCGAUGCCAGUGCUGACAGAAUGAGCAUGGAGGUGUUCGAAGAUCCUCUGCCCUUCAAUGAACAAGAAGCGAAAUCGGUUGUGUUCGAGCUUUGUAUACCUCUGUGGUUUGCAGAAUGGCGGGACUCUACAAUUUUUGUGCUCAGUGACGUGCUUGGUCUGGAAAACACGGGAUCCGUUCAACCGAAGAACCAGUAUGCCCUCAAGGACGACCCGCACUUGUCGCAAGAGUAUAGUGCGCAACCAGACCAGCGCGUUGUCCUUUGGACGAAGAACAAGAUGCACGCUGCUACUCACCGCAGAUGGAUCCGAGUCUCCGCGGCUGAUGAGUCCAAUGUAUGCCGGCGUAAUGCAACUCAAUACAGAUACUUGGACACAGCCACCGACUUCUUCAUUGAGACAAUGACUCCAACGGAGGUGGCCGCGCGACAGUGCACGUUCUCCUUCACUGGCCGGUCGAAGGCCGUGUCGGAUUUUCUGUACCGACCUGCACGUUCUUCUGCUACAUGCAAGCCCAACGACGCCAUUGCAGCGCAGUCAAAGUGUCCGGACCACAUGUCUCUCGAUGAGUUCAAGGAACUGUGCAACAUCCCCAUCGAUUUGCGGUUACACUGGUACAACAUGUUACUUCAACUGGCAAUGCCAAACGUUGAUUUCAAGAAAGAAGAGACAGUACUGGUUUUCCUCCAAUGCAUUCACCAAGCGGGACCGAGAAACGGCCAGGAUGAUAUAGUUUCUGCAUAUUCGGCUCAUGCUGUGCUUCGCCAUGGUAAAUUCUCGACAGUUCUGCUAGAAGCUUUAAGCGAGGCUCUGUUGCGGGUGAAGGAGAAUUGGGAAUCGAUGAACGCGUUGGUCAUCUUAUCGUCUAUUGCUUGUCGGCUAAACGCGCUAGGCGGCUCUGGAGGCAUGCCUGAGCAGUGUUUAUUGCUCUUGAAGCAGAUACGAUCAGCGGCAUAUAACUGGUUGCUGACACUGCGGAGCAAGGCGCAACAGACUGACGAUCAGACCGAGUAUCUACAUUUCCUGUCUAAGGCCGUGGAGGUCGCUCUGGUCUGUUCGGCAACCUUCAAUGUUGGACGCGAUGGUCUGGAAAAGAUCCUAGCGGAUCCCGAAGACUCCGCUAUGUUGAUCGAUUGCGCCAUAACAGUUUGUGAGCGUCCAAAGAGGGAUAAAAGCUCGCUGUACACUCUGCUCGAUGCUCAGCUGAAGCAGAUACUUUUCUUCAGUCGCCCUAUACUCCAGGCGAAUCACAAGGGCUUAGACAUGGCCAUCAAGCGAGCUUGGUCUGGGUACGAAGCAAGCGCCAGCGGCUGGUCCUCUCUUGGUGGAAACAUUGGAUACUGGUUGACCACCCACUCAUCAUCAUCUGACGAUGUUGAGGGUUCGGAGGUUCACUACAACUUGCUUUCGGGAGAGCUUCGAGUGGCAGGCCUUGGUGUCAAGGCGCCACCACUUGCCUAUACAAAACAUGAGACCUUCCAAGCCCUGUUCAGAUCGAACGUCGAGGUCUUAGCUUCCGGCCAACCUGGCAUGUCCUUCUCAGCCAAGGGUCAUUUCGGUGAAGGUUUCAGUGUUCACUUGGGCUUGACCGCUCGAGACAGUGCGCUACCGCGCGACCUGCUCGUUCUCGCACGCAACGGUGGCGAUACGUUCCAGCUCGUACCACGUAGGAUCUUCCAGGGCCAAUUUCCGGAUCACUUCGUCCAUGAAAUGGUCCACUGGUACCAUGUCGAAAGCGACACUGUGCAGUUUCGCCCAGCUCACGCACCGUGGAGUACUUCUGGUUCCGAUAUCUGGACUCUGGCCCGCAAGCAGCAGACGCAAAAGUGGGUAUUGCAGCACGGAACAGAAACUGGGCGGCGGCGACUUCUGAGCGUUACGAGUACAUCAGCAACCGCUAUCAGCAUCAUUCUUGCACCUUUGGUGGAGGCUUCGAAGAUGAUCGUCGUCUUUAUGCCUGGUGCACAGCUACUCGAUGUUCAAUUGCCCACUGUCCAAUUAGGGUUUACCUUGCGGCUUCGUGAAAAGCUGCUUAAGUCGAAGGAGUUUCGCGGCAUGGCUGUUGACGAGAACCAGUCCUCGGGCGUGUUGAUCGGUCUCAAGAAUAAACUGGUGUUACACGCGACUACUGGCACCCGAAAUCGACGCUUGUUGGUGCCCGAGGGCAAGGUGCGCUACGAUCGGGUCCACGAUCAUAUGAGCGUCACCAUCGAUCGGCAUACAGUAGCAAAAGUUCACGACCUCGAGAUUGACGAGCGACUUGGCCGUCUGGUUGAUCAUGGAAGCUUGCAGUCCAAGCUGUACCUUGCUUAUCUGCACGCGCUAACAUCGUUUGCGCUGCCCGAUCCGCUCACCAAGAAGACUGGCACAGAGCAGGCGCUGUCCAUACUCCGCUCUGCCGCUGUAUUCUCUUUCGAACAACUCACGAAGGACAAUGUUUAUCUCCUGACCAAGAUUGCGCGGCUCACGCCAGCCCGCUGCUACUACCCAGCAGAUGCCAAAUUCAUGCAGAACGUUCAAUGGAGUUCCAAACUCAGCUUCAUGUCCCAGCAUGGUGAAUUCUACAAGGCUGUAGAAGCGCUUUUCGCUCAGGCACAACGCUCGAGGAUCUUCUUUCCGAAUUCAGAUGUUCAAAUUCCAUCUUUAGACCAUGUCACACCUGAGCUUUUGGACCGGGAGCUAGCACAGAACGCGAUGUUCAGAGUCGAGGGGUUUGGAGCAGAACACCACACUCGUAGCAACGAUGCACAAAACGCGAAGGCGCGCGAUCAAGGCGAUGACAUGCAACGCUGCUCUAAGCCUUGGCGUAUGGCCUCACUGCUGAAUUCGCGAAGAGAUGAGCUUCAGUGGCAGCCUCCGGCACGAGGCGUCCUAUGGUCGCAUCUAGAAGGUCUGGACCAUGUAUUCGGGGCCAACAAACCACUCGAGAAGGGUCUGUUCAGGUACGAUGGCAUCUUGGUCCAGACUCCAGAGCAGAAGUCGAUCGCGCCGUAUCUUCUUGGUUUGUAUCGGACCCUCACGCAAGAGAGUGCAAAUGUUGAUCUCCACGCCCUCCGUAUGUGGCUCGCAACUCUGGCAUUCUCCAAGGAUGCCAACCUUCGAUUGAUCCAGGUCGUUGCUUCUUUCUACACUGCAGACUCCAUGCGUGGCCUUGUGCCUCCAGACGCCGAGAGCUUUUGUCCAGCGAAUGGCACAGAAGCAGAUCUGGAAACCAUUCAGAAGAGAGUCGCAAUCGAGAAAGUCACGUAUGAUGAGAGCCCAGAAGCCGCUGCUCCGCUCAAGAAAACUAAGAUCCGCCUUGGGGCAGACAAGCUGGAAACUGAGACAAUGGCAGAAUUGCGUCGCAGGGAGGAUUAUGAGAGACGCAGUGAGGCCGCUGUGAAAGCUCUUUCGAAUGAGUUAAUGAGGCAGUGGAAACAUGCUCCUGGCCAACCUCCUGUUUCUUCGCCCGCCACUGGAGAAGCUCGUUGCAAGGCAUACAUUGAUGUACCCGCUGCCAUGCAAGGUGUAGCCGGAAUGUUCGAAGCAUGGGCCAACAAUCGGGCACUCAAGCUGUUUUGCGAGCAGCUUGAAGAUGCUCUCGGCGAUCUACCGAUCACUCGGCUGGUGGUACCUGACUGGUCACGCGAGAAGGCACUUCCACCUGCGGAGAUACGCAGUCAUGUCACUGUGCAAGAUAUUUUCACUGGCAUCAUUCCAGAUAUUGGCCGCGAUAUCGUGCUUCCGAGCGUGUCCCUUCAGGAUGGUCCUUCAAUGAGCAAUUCUAGCCUCGACGACAGUGCAGCUCUCGGCAGAUUCAUUGACAGUCUCGCCACUCGUGAGGCUGGGGCCUAUGAGAAACAAUAUGUCGAAGAUUUGAGACAGAGUCUGGCAGCUCUGCACGAGCGCAACGAGCGCGAAUCCACCAAUUUCAGCCUGCCUGGGAGGACUGUACUCAAUGAUCACCUCCGCAAAUGCAACACACAUUUGGCAGCCAUUUACGAGGCCUUGAAGCGUACUGCCAAGGUCCAGCUUGAGAGAUUGUCUGGCGACUGUGUGGGUCUUCAAUGGCCACGAAUCUCGCCUUCAUUAUUCUUGGAGCAGCUGAGUCGCGAUCAUUGGCACAUGCUGGAGCGCAUGCCAGGGUGGCGAGAAGCAAUAAUCCAGUAUGGACUGGCUAUCACCGCUGUACAGCGUGCUGAACGCAUGCUCGAUGCUUUGGUGACCGAAAACGAAGACGACCUGAGGCGAGAGCUGACGAACGUUGGCCAUACGAACUGGGACCCGAGAUCGUUCCCUGAAACAUUGUUGCUGGAGAUCGAGGGCUCGAUCUUGAUCCGCGAGGUCCAAGAGUCUAUCGCCUCGGAAGUUCGUAAGACGUCUGGAGGCAAUCAAGUUCUCCAGCUCGUUAUGGGUGACGGUAAAUCCUCUGUCAUCUCUCCUAUGGUUGCCGCCGCCCUUGCGAAUGGAGAGCAGCUUGUCAGAGUCAUAGUGGGCAAAGCUCAAAGCAAGCAAAUGGCGCAAGUGCUCAUCUCGAAACUAGGCGGGAUUAUAGGUCGCCGCAUCUACUACUUGCCCUAUUCUCGCGCUCUCAAACUACGCAAGGCAGGUGCUCAGGCGGUGUUUGAGCUUUGCCAAGAAUGUAUGAGGGAAGGUGGAGUGUUGCUAGUGCAGCCAGAACAUCUGCUCUCGUUCAAGCUUACUUCCACCGAGAACUACAUUGCAGGUAACGAGGACGCUGGAGAAACUUUCCUGCGCACGCAAGAAUUCUUCGAUCAAAAAUCCCGGGACAUCAUUGAUGAGAGCGAUGAGAAUCUGAGCGUGAAGUUUGAGUUGGUCUAUACCAUGGGAUUACCUGGUCCAAUCGAGGGCUCAUCGGACAGAUGGAGCAUCAUUCACCAGAUAUUGGGUCUCGUGCAGAAACACGCGGUCACCAUCGGCGAUACGCGCUCUGGGGCCAUCGAAUGCGUUAGGGGCGUUGCGGGGAGCUUUCCGCGAACUCGACUGCUUGAUGAGGCGGCUGGAGAGCAGCUGGUACAGUGCCUCGCCGAUGACAUUUGUGAGAAUGGUCUGCACGAGCUGUCCGCGGCAGCUGAUACCUACACGCGAGCGGCCAUUAGGUCGUUUAUUGGCUCUGAGGAUCCCAGUCCUUCGGCGGUGGAGGCGGUCCACCGCAGUUCGUUCUGGAGUAAAGAGUACAAGACAGCACUCCUGCUUGUGCGUGGCCUGCUUGCCGGCGGCAUCCUGGACUUUGUCCUCCGCACGAAGCGCUGGCGUGUGCAUUACGGACUGGCCUCACGUGUACCGCGAAUGAGAUUGGCUGUGCCGUACAGGGCGAAGGACAAUCCUACUCCGCGCUCGGAGUUCAGCCACCCAGACGUCCAAUUGCUUCUGACAUCGCUUUCGUAUUAUUACGGCGGCAUGGAAGACGAAGACCUAUUCGCCUUACUCAGUCAGUUAAUGACUUCCGAUCAAGCAGAGCAGGACUUCCACUUGUGGGUUCGAAAGACGGACAUGCCCUCGGAAUUCCGCAACAUCAACAGCAUCAACCUUCGGGACGAAACGACUUGCAAAGUCAAAAUCUUUCCUUUUCUGAGACAAGCCAAGGCUGCCGUGGACUGGUUCUUAUCGCACAGUGUCUUCCCCAAAGAUGUCAAGGAAUAUCCGUUCAAGCUUUCCUCUUCUGGGUGUGACCUAGGCAGAAAGAAGCUCUUGCCGACACGAGGCUUCUCUGGAACCCAAGAUGCCAAAAUCGUUCUUCCUCUGGAUGUCGAGCAACUAGACUUGCCUGCGCAGAGGCACACCGAUGCACUUGUUUUGGGCUACUUGUUACAACCGGCGAACUCAGUGACAAGCAUGGCGCCGGCGAGAGAUGCCUCAUCGACUGAUGCCGAGCAGCUCCUUGACAUGGUCAUGCAGCUGAGCCCACCUAUUGACGUUCUGCUCGAUCCGGGAGCGCAGAUCUUGGAGCUCGACAACCUAGGCGUUGCGAAGACUUGGCUCGCUCGAUCUGAUGCGACAAAGAAGGAAGCCGCCAUUUACUGCAACGACAACGACGAACUAUGCGUUGUCGACCGUAGUGGUCGUUUUGAGCUUCUUCAGACGUCCUCGUAUGCAGCACGCAUGGAUCGUUGUAUUGUGUACCUCGAUGAGGCCCACACCCGCGGAAUUGACUUGAAGCUACCGCCAAAGUACAGGGCAGCGUGCACUUUGGGCAGCGGACUGGUGAAAGACCGCCUACUUCAAGCGUGCAUGAGAAUGCGCAAGCUAGGCAAGGGUCAGACCGUGGUAUUCGUCGUUUCUCAGGAAAUCGAGAGGCAAAUCCGCAGCAUAUCCAGACUCUCGAUCGAGGAUCGCAUCACCGUGCCGGAUGUCUUACGGUGGUCCAUUGCACAGACUUAUGGAGAAAUGAGGCACAACAUGAGUCUAUGGGCAGCCCAGAACGACCGCUUCAACAGGCAAGAAGAGCUAUGGGAGAAGACGAAGGAGAACGGAAAGCGCUCUUUGACCAAGACUACAGCUCAGAAGUUUCUGGAGCCCGAAGGCCGCAACAUCGAGUCUCGCUAUGAGCCCAAAAUGACCUCUGACACGCCGCUUUCCAGACUGGCCAAGGAUGCAAAACUCAAGUCUGCUGAGGGAAUUAGCCGUUCCCAGGCGAUUAUCGACCGCUGCCAGCUGUUCGGCUUACUCGAGUGGACUGGCCGCAAGCUCACUGAGGAGCAAGAGAGAGAAGUGUCUAAGGAGGCAGAUGUCGACGCGGAGCGCGUGAUUGAAAAGCCUGCGCCUGCAAAAGCCGCGACCCACAUUCUUUGGAAAGGCUGGCGCAAGUUCAUGGACACUGGUAUUCUGGGCACCAUCUCGGCCGAUGCCCCAAUGCCGGUCUUCCAAUCCCUGCUCAACACCACCGCGAGCAAGGAGUACGACGUUUCGCAUCUACGUCCGCAACUACUUCUGGCCUCUCAAGAUUUCGCCAAGACGGUCAUCGCUCCUGGUAAAGGCUCACUCUCGGACUCUUUCCUUCGUUCGGUCCAGUGGGUUCUGACGGGGCGCAAGACGAGAUUCCAGUACCACAUCGACCACAUGAUUGUCAUCAGCCCAUUCGAGGCUGCAGAAUUGAUGAAUGAAGUCCUCCUCUCGCCGUUCGUCGCCCUGCACUUGUACCGUCCGAGAACCAACAUGGCUUACGCGCCGCUUGAUGGUCUAGAUCUGUACACCAUCUCCCAAGCUCAGCUAAACCUGACGAUCCACGAAGACUACAUCGUUCAACUCAACCUCUUCGCGGGUCAGCUCUAUUUCAGCUCGUACGAGCAAUACCUUGCCACAGGCCGCUUCCUUGGCUUAGCGACAGGCGGCAUUCAGAAGGGAUGGAAAGUCUCAGCCGAUGGCUUCGUGGAGGAGAACGAAGACGGUAAAGUGGGUCGACCGGACAGCUCCAUCAAGGUCAAUCCCGUGCAGUUCUUUAAGCUCGUUAUGUCGAAGUUGCGUCGAAACGGCGAGGAUAUCAGCCGGACGCAUGUUGGGCAAAUGCUGGCGAACAAGACUUUGCAGCCAGCUGAUUUUGAGUAA